AUUUCUUCUGAUUGUACCCUUCUGUUCCCAUACUAUUACUAUUAUUAUUACACUACCUUACACCAAUCUCUUCGUUAUUGUUUUUUUAGUAUUUUUCUUUACGUUCCCCACUUUUUUUCUUUUUCUUAAAUUCUCAUUGUUUUGUGUGGCGCAUAUAUAUUUGGCGCAUUCCUGUACCAAUAUAUAUGUGUUCAAAAUAAAUAAAUAAUAAAUAGCGACACUUCCAGCUUCGGACAGAAAAACACCGAGCACGAGAUAAUAGAUUUUUAAAAGUUUAAUAUACUUAGUAACAUAAAGUGCAUUUUAUGAUGAACGAUGUGGUGUAACUAAUAAAUCCAGUGCUAGUACUUUUGGUCACAAGUGUGCGAAAUGUCUCGAAGAUAUAUUUAGGAAAUGUAUUUGGCUAUUUUAUUUUUUCCAUCUUGUUAGUGUGAUGACUUGCUACGGUUCCUGUCGGGGUAUUUAAAAACGGAGUGGCUUGUCAGUUUUCUGUGAUAAUGUUAUAGCAUUACUACAAUUUCAUUCAAAUAACUCCUCUACGGUCUUGUAAAGGAAUUAGUUUGUGCCUAGAAAACCAAAGCCGUUUUGUUUAUUUUCACUUGUAAGCAAGUGCGGAUGACCACGAUCAACAUUGUUACAAUUCUGCACUCCUGUAUUCUUGAUUUGGUUAUCUUUGAAAUUCUUCAUUCCUCGUUUUUUUCUCUCCUCAAACGUCACUUGUGUCAGUUGCUGAUCUGCUUAAUCUGAGUAGAUUCUACUUCCUAUUAAGAGAAUCGUUUGGUCUUUCGCAAAUUCGAAAUAAUCAAGUAAUUCCCAAAUCAUGACAACAAGUUUUAACACACAAAGACUGAGUCUUGUCACAAGCUAUUAGACUUUUCUUUAAGGCUGAAGAAUUCUCACUCAGUCACCAAUGAUUAUAAUAUUCAAUAGAAAAUUGUAAUCGAACACAGUAUUUGAAUACUUCAACAAACUUUAACAUCAAGUCAAAACGUACGCUUAGCUACCUUUAACACGAAACCAACAGUGGCAAAAGUAAAACUUUUUACCAUUCAUCUUUGUUGAAUAUAGUUAUUUUGUGGGUUAGUAGUCUUCAUAAACCACGUAUGACUUAUAAAGAUCGCAUUCGGAAUGUAAUUACGUCUUACGGCAUUUGACAACAAUGAAUGAAGUUAUGAUGAUCAAUUGCCACAUUAAGAUACAAGUCAUUUACAUGAUGUUUUACAUCUGACAUGCAUUUUGAGACAGAUCCAGAACAAAUAAUAAUAUUCCUAUGUUUGCAUAACUCCUUUAUCAAUCUACGUUACUUUAUGAACAGAUUUAGGGUUGGCAUAAUAAUGUCUAUUUUCAAGUUUUGAUAAAGCGAAAUUCAUUUCGCCACAUUAUUUUAUUGUAUUCAGUUUACUGUUUAAUUAUUUGUUGGUUGCUCCUGUCAUAAAACUAUCUUCAAUAUUGAGAUAAGAUGCAGUUUCGAUUUUGUUUCUUCAUUUCCGUAUUACUUGUCGUCUACUUCAACGGGUAAUGUUAUCAGGUGAAGGAAUAAGUUUAGAAGAAUCUAUGGGGCAAGCAAAAUGUGCCACCAGUCUACGAAGUUAUUGAUCCCGGAGCUGAGUCAUGUUGGUAUGUACAGACAAUGUGGUUGAGGUUCGCACAAUAACCUUAGUCAGUAGUUGGAGAGGUUGGUUAACCUGACUCAAAAUCAACCACAAUGACGUACAUGGAUCUAUUUCAUGUUUCUCUAAAUCUUGACUUUCAACAUUCCUUGUCUUUCCGAACUAUAUUCCCUUUAUUUAGUCUUUCCUAUUAUCACCACUACUAUAUUAUAUUCAAUUCAUUUACUACUUAUAUUGUUAUCUAUAUAUGAUCUUUCUAAUGUGUUUAUUCAUUUUAAUGCAUGAACAUUGGUACUAUCAAGUACCAAAUAUAUAUGCGCCACACUUCGUCAUUCGAUUUGUGUGAGGGCUAGGAUACUGCCCAUACGCCCAGAUCGAAACAGGUGGUUUUCUUAGGGGACCAAUUUCCGAGCCUUCGACCUAAAAGUCUGAUCCAUAAGGCAGUGGAGCAACAUCAGGAGAUGCAGUCCCAUGGUUCCUUGUGACCAACAAUUGGUUCAUACGUCAUUCGUUUCAUCAGGAUCCUAGAGCCCAUGUGCACCAUUAGUUUGGAAUAAGGGUUUUUCAACUUCCCCAGAUGGACCCUCCGUGUCCACCAACCCGGUUAAGGCGCCGGACAUCCGCUUAUCGUCCUCCCAAUUUCGUGAACAACAGUAAUGCUGCGAGAAGACAGUGAGUAGGACUUUCUUGUCAAUGGUUGUAUACGCGUGGCCAUGUGAGGGCUAUUCGUGGAGAGCGAUAUCUCCCCACGAGGAUAUUUGAGGGCUUUGUUAAUGUAGUUUGGCGACUUGAAUUGAUGCGCAUUUGUUCCAUGUUCUAUGUUGAUUAUAAUGGACUAACUGACUACCUGUCAAAGUAAUCUUUUGUACAGAGCUACAUUUCGGUAGGGACUUCUUUAUCACUUAACAUUGGACGAAUCUACCUUUAGAAUGCAUCAUCCCCAUUACUUUGGAUAAUCUUGUCUUAAAAGUCAAACUCAUAAUCAUUUUAAUGCUUCUUAAUGAACUUGACAUUUUCAUAUUUAGUGUUGAAAUGUCCCAGCCGAAGUUUUGUGUCCAAUAAGAAAACGUGUUCUUUUCUAAUUUCACGUUUAAUAUCUACCUUCAUAUUAAAACUGUAAAUACACAUAAGUGUUAAUUGCAUGUUACUGACACUUCUGAAUUACUUUUUGUGUUUGAAAAAAUAAACAUCAAAAAGAAGAUUCUCUUCACAGGAUUGUUGUUAUGUAGGUUUAUAACAAAAGAGUUAAAUGAGCUAAUUUUUCAACAUCUUCAAAUAAAUGUGUUUGUAAAUAUAAAGUGCUUGAAACAUGUGCUAUGCAUGUUCAAUCAUUUUUCUUCAGUAGGUGGUAGCUGGAUUUAAAGGUAAGUUUGGAAAUGUUUUCUAAGGGGUGAAGGUAAAACAAGGCAUUUAAAAAACCAAUAGUAUUUGUCAAAUUAUUAUUAAUAGCAUAACUAGAUUCAGGUUAGAAUCCAUCGUCUCAUACUGUCGCUUUUGCCAAUGGUACUUCAGAUAAGCUCUGUGUGGGGAGUUUGUUUAUGCUACAGAAGCCCUGUACUCACGGAAUUACAUCCCUCGAUCAUUUUUGUCAUAUUUCUUUUACCAAUUUGAUGAUUUUUUUACCGCGAAAUUUAGUACCUGAACACAUUCUUCCCGACCAUGGGCCGCAAAUAUCCUUCGGAAACGCCUCGUAGUGCCAUGCGUGGCCAGUGUAAUGGAUCUAGUGUCUUGGUACAACGCACACAUAAAUCACCUUCCUUAGAGUGCAGUGCAGAUUGGUUUAAACAAGAAAUCAAAUGUCAAAUGGAACGAGGUGGUUUAUUUGAGGAUCCAUUUAUGCCUGCUACCGACUCAACUAUCAAAUCAGGAUCUGGAUCGAGUAAACAAAGUUACAGAUGGCUAAGACCUGUUGUAAGUCAUCUUUAUGUUGAUUUUAUUAUUCAUUAACUGUAUGUUUUCUAUUAUUAACUCUUGUCCUUCAUAUAUUACGAAGUAACCUGAUCGAUGUUAGUAUUUUUAAUAAACUUAUAGUGAAUAUCGAUUAGACGGCUAAUGAGACAGAACGAACAAAGUGUUAUCUCCAUAAAUUCCAAUUCUGUGGUUCGUGAAUAUGUGUUCGGACGUAACAAUGUUAAUUCUAUUGGUGUUGUCACCUUGAAACACGAACUUCAGUCCCUUGAACUUUUGCUACGAAUGUCAUUCCAGCGACUUUCAUAUCGUUCACACACUACUGUUGCUGGGAUGUGGUGGAAAAAGUAGAGAGGUGGUCUGUUAAUGACAUGAUACUGUGGUAUAAAAGAAAGUUGUAUAGGACUGGUUUCUGUCGGUCCAUCACGACUCCCUGGUUGGGAUUUUACUUUGUUGCUUGAGAUGUUACCAGACAUACAUCAGGACAAGAAACAAUGAAAAUCCUGCUGUAGUCUUCUUAUUACUUACUGUACUUAAGCCUUUUACCCGUCUGGACGCACAGGCCACUGACCAGAUAUCUCCAAGAACAACUGUCUUGGUCGCUCCCGUUCCCAGUUCGCGCUUAUCAUAAAUUUCUUUUCGUAAAAAGUUGGAAAGAACUCACUUAACUAAGAAGUUUGUGGUCGUAGUUUUAACGGAACUGUCAAUCCCACCUUAUGUUACUUUCGUUCAUUUAGAACUGCCGCACAAAAUUUUAUAAAUUGGACAAUUAGUGCACAGUAUUUCUAAAAUUCAUAUUAAUAGAAAGAGAUUUCAUAAAGCAUUAUGUAACUUUAUAGUGUGUAUCUGAGUUACAUGUGCUUAAACGUUGACUGAAACAUUUCUAUUUAGCUUGUAUACUCCAAUAAGGUUCAUUCAAAACUACAGUGGGAUCCAGAAUGCGAGUUUUGUCUUAUUUGAGACUCGUCAGCUAGAUAGACCUGCAUUCCAGAGUUGAUGUUCAUUCUGAGAUUCGAACCCAGUACCAUUCGCUUCAAAAGCCAUCGAGUUAUCCACUUAGCUACUGAUUCGCGAUAGCCAUUUUCUUUUUCAAUGGGGUGAAGUUUAAAUUCAUUUUGUAUUGUUUAUUUGAGUCUUGCCAUUGAUGUUCAGGACUCCCAAUGAAAGAGUGAUCAUUUACAGUUGUGAAUAGUUUCACUGAUUUCACACACUAAAUAUCGUUCAGAAAUCAAAGAAAAAAUCUAAUUUUCAUUUAUUCUAGUUAUUUUUAUGGGUUCUUUUAGUAUUCUUAAGUUGUUUCUUUUUAAUAUCAAAAUCAUGGGUAAGAAAACUUCUUUUGCGUAUUAAUAAUGCAUGUGUCUUUUUUUUAAAACAAAAAAAUUAUUGUUCAUAUGUGUUACAUGUGCAUGAAUCAUGCAAUAGAUGAACCUUGAUUAUUCACUAUUCAGGAACUUAGCAGGUGCCCACGUUUUGUUGCAGAUGGAGUUAGUCGCUUCGAUAUUAAACAAGGUGAACUUGGUAAGUUUACAUUAUUAUAAAUAUGGUCGAUUUUUUUAUAAAUCAAUACCUUAUUAAUAUAUGCUUCUGAAUAAUUUCUAAAGAAAUAUUACUAGAUCCUGCCAAUAUAGAAACAUUAAAAUUGACAAUCAAAUGGUUACCAAUCAAUUUUCGGUGAUAAGAUUAAAUACUGUGGUACUGUGGGUUAAUCAGAUUCUGGCCAAGAUGAACCUUCCUUUUCCAGGAAACAUGGCACACCAUUGGUUUAACAUGUGGCUUAAACGAAAAAAAAAGUGAUUUUAGAAACCUAAUUACUUACUUACGCCUGUUACUCCUCGUGGAGGAGCAUAGACCGCUCACCAACAUUCUCCAUCCAACCCUGUCCUGGGCAAUCCUUUCCAGCUCCUUCCAGGUGUAAUUCAUCUUUUUCAUAUCUGCUUCUAUUUCCCGACGUAAUGUGUUCUUCGGCCUCCCUCUUUUCCGCUUCCCUUCAGGAUUCCAAGUUAGGGUUUUCCUCGUGAUGCAGUUUGACGAUUUGCGUAAUGUAUGUUCUAUCCAUUUCCAUCGUCUUUUCCUAGUUUCUUCUUCAGCUGAAAGCUGGUUUGUUCUCUCCCAGAGAAGGCUGUUGCUGAUGGCAUCCGGCCAAUGGAUAUUGAUUAUCCUGCGUAGACAACUAUUUAUAAAUACUUGUACAUGUUUGAUGAUGGUUGUAUUAGUUCUCCAAGUUUCAGCUCCGUACAGUAGAACUGCCUUGACGUUCGUACUGAAGAUUCUGACUUUGAUAUUGGUUGAACGUUGUUUUGAGUUCCAUAUGUUCUUCAAUUGUAGGAAUGCGGCCCUUGCUUCAGACCCGGCCUAUUCAGGAGUUCCUCGAAGUAUUCUACCCAUCUGUUCCGCUGCUGUUGAAUUUCAGUGAUUGGCUUGCCUUCUUUGUCCUUGACCGGUCUCUCCGGUUUACUGUAUUUUCCUGCUAGUUUCUUCGUUGUAUCGUCAAGCUAUUUCAUAUUUCCUCUUGCAGCUUUUUCCGCUGUCGUUGCUAGUUCUUCCACGUACUUCUUCACUUGCUUGUUUGCUUCUAUGUAUUCAGCAUGUGCUCGGACUUUCUCUGCUCGUGUUCGGCUGUUGUUAAUUGCUGUCUUCUUGUUCUUCCUUUCUUUGAUCUUGUCCAGUGUUUCUAUAGAGAUCCAUUCCUUAUGAUGGUGCUUCUUGUGACCCAGAACCUCUUGACACGUUGAAGUUAAUGCUUCUUUGAUACUUUUUCAGUUGUCCUCCAUAGUAGUUUCUUCUUCCUUCAGUAGAUCCUGUAAGGCUUGGAACCUGUUGUUGAGAGCUAUCUUGAAUUCGUUGAGUUUGUCAGUAUCUCGAAGGAAGGCUAUAUUGAACCUUUGUAGUGCUGUUUGUCCAGUUGUCCAGUUUUUCUUUAGCUUCAGUUUUAAAUUGGCCACAACUAGGUGGUGAUGUGAAUCUAUGUCAACUCCUCUCCUGGUUCUCACAUCUUCCAUUGUCCUUCGGAAUUUUUGUUGAUGCAGAUAUGAUCUAUCUGGUUCUCUGUAGUGUGGUCCGGUGAGAUCCAUGUAGCUUUGUGUAUACGUUUGUGUGGAAAUAUUGUGCCUCCUAUGACCAAUUUAUUGAAUGCACACAGAUUUGCAAAUCUUUUUCCAUUUUCGUUUCUCUCACUCAUUCCAUGUCGUCCCAUGAUAUCUUCAUAUCUCUCAUCAGAUUGGUGAGGUCGUUUCUUGGGCACUUCUCUAUGAUUGACUGCAGCCGCUCGUAGAACUGAUCUUUAAUGUCGUCGUUGCUAUCAUUGGUGGGUGCAUAACAUUGGAUAAUAUUCAUUGUGAUCCCCUCCUUUGUUUUGAAUGAUGUUUUGAUGAUUCUGAAUCCAUGAGAUUCCCAUCCUACAAGUGCAUUUCGUGCUACUUUGGACAGGAUUAGAGCAACUCCCUGAAUGUGUGGAGCAUUUUACUCUUCGUGACCGGAGUAUUGUAGCAUCUCUCCCGUAUUUAACUUUUGUUGUCCAGCUUGGGUCAAAUGGGUUUCUUUGAUUCCCAGUACUGCCAAGUUGUAUCUCCUCAUUUCCGUUGCUAUUUGACUGGUCUUCCCGGUCUCCCACAUUGUUCGGACGUUCCAUGUAUCUAUAAAAAUUGUUGCUCUGGUUGUUAGAAGGGGCAUCGGCCUCAAGGCUUCCGAAGGAACUCGGCUUUCAGCAUGAAGCGUAAUAAUUCUUCUAAAUGAAGACCUUCUAACUUUCAGGGCAGAGUUUAAAUAGUUUGAAGUAUUAUUUCUGGCAAGCGUCUUUUUGACGAGUUAGUUUUCUACGGGGCGGGAUCGCUAACCCCAUGCCCAGAUUGGUGAAAUUCCGAUUGUUUUACACCCACUAAAAUUAACAUUGUAGAAGUGGUUCAGUAGACAAAUUGGUAACUUCUUAGUUGGUUAAAGAACGCAAAAUAUCACCUCACUAUUAUGAAUAAGACAAUAGUUUUGAAAACCCUAAACAAAUUGAGUUAAAUAGUUCCAAUAUUACCCUGGAGAAGCUCUAACCAAUGUUUUCUUAUGUCGUUAACAUUCCUGUUGUACGAAACUGUUCAAUCAAACUUCGACUGUAUUCAAUGUUCUUCUUAAAGAAAACUGUUGUGUUGUUACUUCAUCAUUAAACCAUCACCCCUAAAUUUCUCUGAAAAAAUUAGUUUUAUUUAAUUGCCAGUCGUUUAACCUUAAUUUUGUUUCAGUCAUAUCUUUUACCGGUUAGUUUGGUAAUUACUCAAUUGUAUCCGAUAGUUUAUGGCGAAAACAAUCAAACCAGGAGAUUCACCGUUAUCUACUGGUUCGUUCAGAUUCAAAUGACAGAGCAUUAAUAUUAGUGCGAUCAUCAGUAAUAAUAGUAGUGUUCAUCAUGUGAUAUCAUUGUGUAUUAUUGUUUUGUUUUUGUAGGAAACUGUUGGGUUAUAGCUGCCUUGGCCUCAUUAUCAAUGUAUCCAGAAUUAUUUAAUCAAGUUGUACCACCUGAUCAAUCAUUUGAAAAAUCAUCAAAAUAUCCAUAUGUUGGAAUGUUUUGGUUUCGAUUCUGGCAAUUCGGUGAUUGGUACGAUGUUGUUGUAGAUGAUCGUUUACCAACUCGUAAUGGACAUUUAGUAUUUAUGCAUUCCGCAGAUCCUAAUGAAUUUUGGUCAGCUUUAUUAGAGAAAGCCUAUGCUAAGUCAGUCAUUAUAAUAAUGACAUUACUAUUAUAUUGAUUGUUCUUUAUAAUGAUUAGUCCGGAAAGGUUUUUGCAGAUUUCAUUUUUUAAGUUUUAUUUGAAUGGUACUCAGUGGAAACAUGUAGAUAAAGGCUAUCAAAAGAUAGUAGUGUAUGUCCUCCUACUUUUCUGAGUCCUUCACAAUUCAGUUCAAUCGAUUAACUUACAAGUGACUAUCUACUUGAGCUCAGUACAAAAAGCACAUGUAUGAAAUUGAUGUUAUAUUUAUACCUAUAAAACUAUGAAGUUUUAAGAUGCCAUAUAACUGGAAGCUGAAUCGAUUUGGCACUUCACACUAAAUAAAUAAGUUCAAGUAGGAUGAUCACGUUUUAGGUUUCGUAUACAUGUUUCAUAGACUGCAUAAACCCACUCAUUCCACUGGGUUCUGAAAUCUUGAUAAAUGACAUUUGUAUCCCAUUUAAAUAUGUGGUUCGAAUAGUAUGUACUCCCUCGUAUAGUUAGAUUUGUAGACCAGACAUAGGACUUUAUAGGCUCGGAUCGUCAGCACUAUUUGCAAAUGUGAUGUGAAAAAUAGAAGUUACUAACAGGAACGGAGAUAACAAAAAGGGUAACAAAUCGGUUUGUAAGGUAGUGAAUUUCUAUCGAUUUAGGUGGUUAGAACAUGCAUUGUCUGCCUAACCACCGCUUACCUCAGUGAACAAUGCUCGCCAGUUCACAAGUAGGUUGGAAGAAAGCUGGGGACAGCCGAAUCAAAAUUUGACAUCAUCCCGUAAAGUCAUUUACUCUUGGUCUGAGCCGUGUAGAUAGACUUAAACUACCUGGUUAAGGUCUGCUUGAUAACCAUUGUCAAUGAUUAGGUGAUAUAGGUAAUAAUCGUACUCAAUGGCGCAGAUACACUAACUCUUUAUCUUCCCCUCAAUCUGAACUUCCAGUUUCCUUUCAUCCAUACCUUUCCAUAUUCCCAAUGAUUAGUCUGUCUUCUCACUAAUGCGGCUUUUUUAUUUCCAUUGCUUGUUGUUUUCAUCUUGCCGUAUUAAUGUGGUAUGGCAACUUGGGUGAAACAUUUGUGCCAGGCUCUAUGUUGAUAUUAUCUAUCUGACGAGGAAGAGAUUCAAAUAAGAAAACUCCAUUUAAUCUGUUACUAACUACCUUUUUCGAUUGGCAAACUGUUUACGGAUGAGUCCUCCAAUUCUACUGACUAUGAUUUGGUAGAUUUUACAUUAAUAAAGGAUUCACAUGAUUUUAUACUUAUUCCUUAACUUUCUGAUAUGAUACUGAGCUUUCGUUGCUUUUUAUCCUGUUAAGACUUGUGUCGUCUUAUGAUGCGCUUCGUGGUGGGUGUACAGCAGAAGCAAUGGAAGAUUUCACUGGUGGUCUUACAGAACUUCUUGAUUUAGGUGCGAAAGCUCCUACUAAUAUAUUCGGCAUUAUGGAACAUGCAUUGAAUCGUGCCUCUUUAAUGGCUUGUAGUAUUGAUGCUGAUCCACAUGAGAUUGAAGCGAAUGGUCCGUUAGGAUUAAUUCUUGGUCAUGCCUAUUCUGUAACCGAUAUACGACAGGUUCAUACUAAUUAUCAAUCUCAAAGUAUUCGUCUAAUCCGUCUACGUAAUCCAUGGGGUAACGAUCGUGAAUGGUCAGGUCCUUGGAGUGAUCAAUCUAGAGAAUGGAGAAAUAUUCCACCUGAUGAACGAAAACGAAUCGGUCUCACUUUUGAUGAAGAUGGUGAAUUUUGGAUGUCUUUCGAUGAUUUUGUACGUUAUUUCUCACGUCUUGAGUUAUGUCACCUUGGACCAGAAUCCAUAGCUUACAGUCCAGGUCCUGUCAACCGUCGUUGUAAUAAACGUCAAUGGGAAAUGAUAUGUGAAGAAGGUGAAUGGUUGCGUAAUUCAACUGCUGGAGGUUGUUCAAAUUUUCCCAAUACAUUUUACAUGAAUCCACAAUUUCAUGUUGAGGUUGUUGCUCCAGACGAGUCAGAUACAGAUGGUAAUGGCACUCUUGUAGUUGGUUUGAUGCAGAAGGGAUUAAGAGAAAAACACAUUGAACCUCAUGUGAUUGGUUAUUCUGUAUUUCGGAUGCCUCCAUCUGCUCCAAACAAUCGACUGUUAGAUCGAAGGUUUUUUAUGACUAAUUCAUCUGUAGCUCGAUCACCGGUAUUUAUUAAUAUGCGUGAAGUUUGUGGUAGGCAUAAAUUAAAACCAGGCCAUUAUGUGAUUAUCCCGUGUACAUUUAAUCCAAAUGAAGAAGCUAAAUUUAUGCUGCGUAUAUUCUCUGAACAAGCAUGUGGUUCAAAUGAGUUAGACGACGAUACUCGGAUCACUUUUAUGGAUGGACCUGAUCACCCAAUUAGAACAGCUGAUGAUAAUUUAAUAGAGAAAUUGCAAGUUGUCUUCAAUAAAAUAGCUGGUCCAACUGGAGCAAUCACAUAUACUCAGUUACAAGAUAUAUUAAAUGAAGCAUUUACAAAAGAUUUUCCAUUCGAUGGAUUUAGUCGAGAAACUGCUAGAAGUAUGAUGGCCUUAAUGGAUGCUGAUUUAAGCGGUGGUUUGGGCUUUGAUGAAUUCAAAAAGCUAUGGAUGGAACUACGCAUUUGGAAGACUAUUUUCAAAAAAUUCGAUGAAGGUCAUACUGGUAGCUUAGAAGCUUUCGAAUUAAGAAAUGUAAUGAGGACCAUCGGUUUUCAUGUCAGUAAUAUGAUUUUCAAGGCUAUUGCUUGUCGAUAUGCAAAUGAAAAAGGUCAAAUUUUAUUUGAUGAUUACAUUUUGUUAUUGAUCCGACUAUCCACUGUUUUCGAAACAUUCAAAGCACAAGAGCGCACUCGAGAUGGCCGAGCUGUCUUUGGAGCUGACGAUUUUAUUCGCUCAGUUAUAUAUAUUUAGAGACCCAAAUUAAACCGCCAUCAUAAUAAUAUUUGUGAAUACAGGCAUGUAUGAUACAUAUACACACAACAGAAGAAACCGGCUACUUAUAUGUGUAUACAACUCUUACAGAGAUGCCGACCGUGAUAAUUGGAUUAUUUUGCUAUUUGCUUUUUUUGUUUUGAUUUUGCAUGCUCAAAAGAAAACUUACAAUAUAUUUAUUUAUUUUA